AUGAGCCUAUAUGCAAUCAAAAAGAAUGAACAGCACAGGGUAAAAAGAUCAUCAACAAAGGACUACAGCUUAGUGUGUGUUGAUAAAAAUUGUAAAUGGUACUUCUUGGCAACAAAACAUGGAAAAACAAAUCUCUUCAAAGUCAGAAAACUUGUGGAAGAUCAUACACGCUCAAUAGAACGCAUCCAUGACGAUCACCCCCAAGCAACAACAGAAGACUAUAGUGUCUCAAUUUCUUACCAAAAAGCUUGGAGAGCAAAAGAGAAGGCUUCAGAAAAAGUAAUAGGCUGCCCACAUGAUUCAUACAAUGAAAUUCCAGGGAUUCUGCACAUGAUAAAAAAAUGCAAUCCAGGAACAAUAACAGACUUAGUCCAACAUGACAAUGGGCAUUUUAAGUACCUAUUCUUUGCAUUAGGAGUCUCAAUAGAAGGCUGGAAACACUGCACACCUCUAAUUGUGGUUGAUGCAACUUUCCUUAAGAAUGCAUAUGGAGGAACAUUGAUAAUUGCUAGUGCACAAGAUGCUGACAGACACAUAUUCCCACUAGCUUUUUCAGUAGUUGAUUCUGAAAAUGAUGCAUCAUGGCAAUACUUCAUGGAAAAGCUCAAAGAAUCAUAUGGGGAGCGUGAAGACCAAUGCAUAAUUUCUGACAGACACGAAAGUAUAGCAAAAGCAAUGAAAUCAGUAUUCCCUAACUUGAUGCAUGGGGUAUGUUGCUUCCAUUUGUUCCAAAAUAUAAAAACAAGAUUCAGAAAAGGAGGAGAUGAUCUAAGAGAUGCAUUCUACUGUGCAGCAAAAGCAUACAAUCAAACUGACUUCGACGAUUCCAUGAGGGACUUAGACAACAUUGAUAGUAGAAUUCGUCCUUACCUGACAAAUGAAGUUGGCCUAGAAAAAUGGACAAGGCUUUACAGCCCAAAUAAACGCUACUCAACAUUAACCUCCAACAUCGCCGAGUCUGUGAACUCAGCAUUGAAAGAAAUCAGAGAGCUACCGAUUGGAACACUGCUCGAAUGUCUACGUUGCUUGGUUCAAAAAUGGUCAUGGGAAAACAAAAAUAGAGCUUUGUCCACAUUCACAACAUUAGCAAAAGUACCAGAAAAGAUACUAAAGGAUAAACUGGAACGCAGUAAGAAACUAAAGGUGCAAACAUCCAAUCUUGUCAUAUACACAGUAAAAGAAUUGUAAAACUCCUAUAUUGUGGAUAUCCAAAACAGAACAUGCACGUGUCAACGAUUUCAGUAUGAUGAAAUGCCGUGUUCUCACGCAAUGGCUGUAAUAUCAAAAAGACACAUGAAAUGCUAUGAGUAUUGCUCAUACUACUACACAAAAGAAGCAUUUCUUGCAACAUAUGAAGGUUCUGUGUUACCAAUAGGUGACCCAAAGACAUGGGACUUGCCUGAUAACAUCAAACAACUUCAAGUAUUGCCACCAAUAUACAAGA